UUCUGGUGACAAUGUAGAGUUGUGUGUACUGUGUUGACGAUUUUGGUGUGGAAAAAAUUAAUUUCAUUAUUAAAGGCAUUCUUAAAGUACAUAAAAAUAAAUCGCACACCUUAGUGUCUGACUGAGAAAGAGAAACAAACGCUAUAAAAAAGGAGCAAAUGUUUGUGAAUCAAAAUGUACUUUCCAAUAGGAUGGCCCAAAGUUCUGCAGAAUGUAGGUGCUGAUAAUCAAAUUAUUAAACAGAUCGUGUCAAAUAGAGACAAAAUAUUGUUCGCGGCUCUCACGGAUGAUUGUAUCACUGUGUGGUUUUGUAAGCCAACGGUACCAAUUGUGUAUCACAAACGAAGCACAGAAUCUCUGCAGAGGCUCGGCACUAAUGUUGGGGUGGAAUGGAAGCCAGACUCAUCCAUGUUAUGCAUUUCGACAUCAGAAGGGCAUUUGAUUCUAUACAAUGUGGAGGCAAUGAGUGAACAGACUGCCUAUCAGCAGUAUGACCCGCCAACGGCCAGUCUACGACGAGACUCCGCAGAGUUGUUUGUGAAGGAGGUCAUACCUUCACUUAAAAUUACCCUGUUAAAAGAAGUCCUAGUGUGGGAUGGUCAUAUAACUCGCAUGUGCUGUAUAUCAGGCACAGAAAUAUUGGUGUGCACGACGCGUGCUCAUUUACUGCGGUACCGAUGGGAUGGUACGCAGAACAGGGACUACUGUCUUGACUUGGGACGGAUACCAUUCUCCAUUAAUCAACAGGUUUCUAAAGCGGAACCCAUUUUGGAAGACAACACUCACGUGAACGACAUAGAAUACUCGCCGCUGGUGUGCGGUUUUGGCAUUACGCUCAACGAUGGACGUGCAGCAUACCUCACAGCGCCCAAUCUCAAGUUUGACCCAAAUGCAGUGCAAGGUAUAUGGGCGCAAGGCAUCGACGAUGCGACGUGUGCGCGCGUCAAUCACAAGUUCAGACUUAUAGCUAUUGGAAGGAGGAAUUCUCAAGUGGACGUGUUUACGAUAGACGAGGCGACGGGCGGGUUGGAGCUAUCGCACACGAUGGUGCUCAGUUCUAAAGACUUCCCCGGGGAUCCGGGCCCUGUCAAAUGUAUGAGAUGGACGGCGGACGGGCGCGCGGUGGCGGUGAGCUGGGAGCGCGGCGGCAUCUCCGUGUGGAGCACGUUCGGCGCGCUGCUGGCCUGCUCGCUGGCCUGGGACUACGGGCUCAGCCACGACAGGGACACCGUCAACCCGCUCGUCGUCACCAGCCUGGAAUGGGCGACAGAAGGUUACCAACUUUGGAUGGUGAAAGUCGAGCCCGAUUCAAGCACCAAUUUGAUCCAGUUGGACUUCAUCAAGAGUCCACUCAGCGUUAAUCCAUGCAUGAGUAACCAGCGGCAUCUAUAUCUGCAAGCGGAUGAUAAGCUCUACGUGAACUUGGAAGACAACCUGACGAAACGCACUAAGAUAUCGAUCAUAGACUCGACGGCGGACGCGUAUCAGGGCGAGAAUGGCAUCGACCAGUGUAACUUGGAAUAUGAGAACAGCACUAACUACAGAGAGUUUGUCGAUGAUAAUGAGUGCAGGAAACAGUGGAUAGUGUUGCCCUUACCGGCUACUUAUAUCGCUACUAAUUGGCCUUUGAGGUACAGCGCGAUAGACGAGGCGGGCGUGAACAUGUGCGUGGCGGGCCGCACCGGGCUCGCGCACUACAACACCACCGCCAGGAGGUGGAAGCUCUUCGGCAACGAGGCGCAGGAGAAGGACUUCGUCGUCACCGGCGGCAUGCUGUGGUGGCGGGACUAUAUCGUUAUAGGGUGCUACAGUAUUCUAGACGGCCACGACGAGAUCCGUUUCUACGCACGCGACGCGCGACUCGACAAUAAGUUCGCGAAGAUAGUCCGCGUGCAGUCGCAGGUGUUCGUGCUGGACAUGCUCGACGACCAGCUCGUCGUGUUCGGCGCAGACGCACUCGUCACCAUAUACGAACUCACGUGCAUUGAUAAUACGGGCAACAUCGAGCUGCGGUGCGUGCAGGCGGUGGACGUGUCGGCGCUGUCGCACCCCGCGUGCGUGGUGUCGGCGGCGCUGUGCCGGCUGCAGGCGCCGCACGCCAAGCUGCGCGCGCACAACCUCACGCAGCACCUGCAGCGACAUCCGGACUCGCUGGUUAUAAACGCAAGCGGGAAACUGAUGAUGGUGCAAAGAGAGGAAUAUGAUAUCGACGAAGACAACAAUCCGGCAUACAGCUGUCUCCCAGCAACGGUCCUAGCCUCAUGUGUAGAGAGCGUAUGGUCUUGUGGCACCACCUCCGCAUCGGCCACACAGUUGUCCCGCGCGCUGUGGCUAUGGUGCGGCUCGCUGGGCGCGCGCGUGUGGCUGCCCCUUCUGCCGCGCGACGCGUCCCGGCACCCUGACUCGGGCCGGCACACCUUCAUGGCGAAAAGGAUUAUGCUACCGUUCCAUUUGAAUAUUUAUCCGUUGACGAUAUUAUUUGACGACGCCAUCCUGCUGGGCGCUGAGAACGACACCACGCUAUACGCGUCCGACUCCAGCUCGGUGUUCUCGCUUCCAUUCUGCGUGGUCAAUAGGACGAGUCAAGUCUAUCUCCAUCAAAUUCUGCGUCAGCUGCUGAGAAGGAACCUGGGCUACCACGCGUGGGAGAUAGCUCGUUCAUGCUCGCAGCUCGCAUACUUCCCUCAUUCCCUGGAGCUGUUACUGCACGAGGUCCUGGAGGAGGAAGCUACCAGCAAGGAGCCGAUACCGGACGCGCAGCUGCCGAGCAUUAUAGAGUUCGUUCACGAGUUCCCCGUUUAUUUACAGACAGUAGUGCAAUGUGCAAGAAAGACAGAAAUAGCAUUAUGGGCAUAUCUCUUUUCCGCCGCUGGAAAACCCAAAGAACUGUUUCAAGAAUGUCUUCAAAGGAAGAUGUUAGACACUGCCGCGUCAUAUCUUAUCAUAUUACAGAAUCUAGAAAGUUCCACAGUGAGCAGACAGCUCGCUACGCAGUUACUAGACACGGCCCUGCAGCAGGAGAGAUGGGACCUUGCCAGAGAUCUGGUGCGAUUCCUCAGGGCUAUAGAUCCCAACGACGUCGAUUCGCCACGGAAUUCUGUUAACGUUCAAGCGAAGUAUGGACAAGUGGUGCAGUCACAAACAGUCAGUCCUAAUGCAGAGGAUUUGUCCGUCAUCCUGGGGAAUAUGCAAUUGGCAGGCGGUCGCGGGCGCAGCUUCAGCACGACGGUGUCUCCGCGCGAGCCCUCGCCGCCCGCGCCGCCUGCGCCUGCGCCGCCGCCCGCCGCGCCGCCCGCCAGGGCCACGGCCGCCGUCAAACGGAAGAAGUCCGUACCUGCUAGAGCAGACAGAGACUCAUACAGCGGCACAGCGGAGGAGUUCUUCAUCGACAUGAUGAUCCAGCGUCACGCGCGCUUGCUCCUCUCCACUGCACGACUCCACGCGCUGGGACGGCUUGCGGCGGCGCUCGACGUUCAGCUCGUGGCGUGGCUUGCGGGGGAGCGCGAGCGUGCCGCCAGGGUCGAUAGCGCCGUACUGUGUGUCAAGCGGCUUCACGAGGACUUCGCCUGGCCGUACCCGCCCGUUGAGCAAGACCAAUAUGUGCAGAGGAAGGGUAGUACUGUCACAAGUCCGUACACGCCCUCUGCGGACUCUGACAGUUUAUGUGGUGACAGCGGGUAUAUGAGUCUCUCGUUGCGCGCCGCUUUACCGCUGACCACGGGACCCAUGUCGCCGAGACCUGUCAGUUCAGCGGGUGAGUGCAGCGUGGCGGAGGGCGGCGGGGUGGCGUGGGGCGGGGCCGCGCUGGAGUCGCCGGACGCGGUGGAGGAGCGGCGCUACGCCGCGCUCAUGGAGCGUCUGCACCACCACCAGGCCGCGCGCGGCACGCACACCGCGCACGUGCAGCUCAGAUACUUCCAGCAGUUGAUGACGGAGGCGAGCUGCGUGGAGUGGGCGCUGGUGGUGGCGGUGGUGCUGCGGGACGCGCUGGCGGUGAUGCGCAUCACCAACGCGGCGCGCGCCAACGACGUCAGCCUCGACGCCGCGCGGCGGCUGCGGCGCGCGCUGCGGGACCUCUGCGCCUGGACCGAGGACGAGUGCCUAGGCUACAAACCAUUCAUGAUGGCCAUCAGCAAUCAAAUACCAUUCCUGACAUCAAUCAUCAACACACGGGAGCGUCGCAUGUCCAUGGUGAAGUCGAGAGUCCGAACGCCAAGCACAGGCUCUCUCAACCAAGACUCGAAGCCGAAGAUACAAGCUCCACUAGAGACCAAACUCCCUCCACCGCAAAAAGCCCAGGAUAUGUCCAAACAGUCGGUAAGGAAGGAUUCUCCUAACGUGCCCGUGGAGGUAACGGACGCGUCCAUUACGCAUGCGCCGCGGACGAGCGCGCCCGCACGCGACGAAGUAUCAUCCGGUUGUGCCAUAAUGUAACUUAUUCAUGACUGAUGCGAUAUUAAUGAAUUAUAUUUAAUUUCACACUUACAUCCAUAUUUAUGUUAAAUCAUAUCUAAUGUUCAUAGGCAAUGGAAUAUUUUUCUUAAAAGAAGAAAACAUUAUUUAGCGUAAUGUUAUAUGAAAAUAAUACUACAUCAUUAGGAUUAAACAUAAUCGGGUUAUAAUAAGAAUAGAACCGUCUAUUUAAUAUUUGGGUGAGACUAAUACGUGGUUGUUUAAAUAAUAAACUCAAAAUAGGUGUAUCAUACGAUUUCAUUCAUUUUUAGGUGCUUAAUAAUGAAACAUAAUUUCAAUAUUAUUAUUCUGUUCAUUCAUCUAGUCUUCAAUACAGUUAAUAACUUUUCACCUUUAAUAAUCACUUGAUACAUAUUUCUAAGAUAUUUUCGUUUAUUUUUCCUGUCAUAAUAAAGUACUAUUACUUUAUGUAAUUCGAAACAGUGUGAAAUGUAUCAACAUUUUAGUAGCCUUUUAGUUAAUAACUAAUGUAAAUCAAUAAAUUAUUUAUAUUAUUUAAUGUAAGAGAUUUCUGAAUUAUUAGUUUUCAAUUUUACACGCCCAGUUUUCAAUAUUACGUCGACUAAAGAUAACGUCUCAUAUUUUCGAUUUGAUAUCUAUAUGACUUGAAUUUAGUUACGAGCGACGACAAAGAUGUUUUUUUUCAUACGGGAACAGUAUUGUGCGCCAUUGCGUCGGGUGGUAAGGAAAGUCCAGAUAGAGUGUACUGAUGAGAGAUUAUUUCCCGCCAGUCGAUACAGUUAUGCCGGCUUGUUUGAAACAGGAUACACUCUGGCUGAUCCCGAAACAUAACCCACUUACUACUAAGAUUUUAAACCUUGUGUAUGGUGGUCGCUAUUCGAGGAAUAUAAAUAUCUUAACCCAAACUUUUUGGGAACUAACUUGGCACGACAGAUAUAGAGGGCAGGCAUCAUUCCUGACUCCAAACGGGCCAUUUUUGAUCAAGCAUACUGUAUCAUUUCGUAAUCAACUAAAUAAGACGGGCUGACAUAAUUCUGCUUACACUACUUCAAGGAACGUAAGGUUCUUUGAUUGAUAUUAUGCUUGAACUAUAAAACUUACCAUCAACCAUAGUUUCAUUGGCAAGCAAAAAACAACAAAGAAGGAAGGAAUUAUUGUCUAUGGUAGAGUAUUAUCUAUGGCAAUUUAUAUCAUUAUAUGCUUUUUCAAAUACAAAUAUAUUAUUGUAAAUUACAUUAGUGCAAAAGAGAAGUAAAGACUUACAUUAGUAAUAUCGAAAGCUGGGUUCUUAGUAUAAUUGCUUGAUUAGAUAAUUGUUAUAGUCAUUUAGUUUUAACUAAAUAUUAUAAAAUUCAUAUCAGUUAUUGUAAUAAUUUAAUGUUAAAACACCGGUUUGAUAAAAUUCCUAAUAGUAAAUGCUUGUCAAUAUAUUUUACAUUCAAUGUGAAGUACAGUCGGUAACAAUUUUAAUAUUUGAGAAGCUACAGUCAGAACCAAAGUUAGAUAAUCAAACGCCCAUGUUAAAAAAACACCCACCAGACUUUGUGUGCGUAAAACGCUCAGCCGAUACGAGGACCCAGAGCGAAGCAAAUUAUAAAGCAAAGAUUGAACAUUUUGGUAGGUAUGACAAAAAAGGUCACUGGUCAGUCAGGAGGCCCCCUGACCUUGGGAGCCUCAGAGCACUGCAUUGCCUAGCCCUACGGUAGCUACGCCUCUGGCUACAAUUCGUUUUUUGUGAAACAUACAGCUUAUAUCUUGAAUUUGUUAUAACACUAAUGAAACUUACAUAUUAUUUUUAAAAGGAUGUCAAUAUUUUUUCUAAUUUGAUUUGGGCGAAAUAUUAUAUAUUCCUGUAAAUUAUCCAAGAAUUUAUAAACCAGUCUUUAACCGUUGAUUUUAAAAAACGAACGCAAUCGUUUUUUCGACCGGUCACAAAAAUAGACCAAUAAGAGAAAAAUAAAUUGACAUGUUUACAUUUGUUAAUACUCGAGAUCCGAUGAAAGAUUCAUAUUAUAAUCGUUUUUUGAAAUUGGUCAGUCAGUAAGAUCCUUAAUGCUACGAAAAAAAAAUUUGACUGUACUUCAAACCAGGCGUUAUGUAUGUAGGUACAGUCGAAUCCGUUUAUAAUGACAUCGAAGGGAAUUGACAAACACGUCAUAAUAAGCGGACGUCAUACAAAGCGUUUUGUGAAAAAAAAAAUAUGUAAAUAGUAUGCAUGUAUUUAAGUACUUUAA